AUCUUAGGGUAACCUGUGUCGGACUUUCAAAAUACCAAAUUCGAAUUCCAAAUAUUGGGGGUUUGAAUGGCGUCGACGAAGCAUGAACCUCCGAAUGCAGAAGAACCAAAAUCGAAAAGGGCGAAGCUCAGCGUCCCUAAUUCUUCCCCAUCGGAAGCGAAGCAGCGUGUGGUUCUCAAUCCCGCCGAUUGCAAUUUAGAUUUCGAUGUUGAAGGAAAUGGUCUUCAAGGUCAUGCGCUUCAUGAGCAAGGGUUUGCUUAUUGCUGGUCUGGGGCUCGUGCUAAUGUGGGAAUUACUGGAGGAAAGUAUUGUUUUGGCUGCAAAAUCAUUUCUGCACAACCAGUUGAUAUGGAGGAUACUCCCCCUGACCAGAAGCAUGUUUGUCGAGUCGGCAUUUCAAGAGGAGAUGAUGCUGUGGGAAACCUUGGGGAGACUGAACAUAGUUAUGGGUUUGGAGGAACAGGAAAAUUCUCAAAUGCAGGGAAGUUUACAGAUUAUGGUUCGAAGUUUGGUGUUGGUGACACAAUUGUUUGUGCUGUAAACCUUGAAAAUCGGCCAUUGGCUUUCUUCGGUUUCUCCAAGAAUGGGCAGUGGUUGGGUACUGCCAAGCAAUUUGAUGCUGGCCCGAGGGGUCUUGCAGUGGUGGAUUCUCCUGUCAGAAAGUUAGAAUGGGAGUCUGCUCUGUACCCUCAUGUUCUGUUAAAAAAUGUUGUUGUUCAGCUGCAGUUCAGCGCUGAAGAUGGACUUGUUCCUCAAGAAGGUUAUAAACCUUGGGCUUCUGCACUUGAAGAUGGAAAUGCUAUAAUGGGACCCAGAUUUUCUAGCCCCAAGGAUUGUGAAGUACUAAUGAUGGUUGGACUGCCUGCUUCUGGAAAGACUACAUGGGCAGAGAAAUGGGUGAAGGAACACCCUGAAAAAUGCUAUGUUGUGCUUGGGACAAAUCUGGCUUUAGAACAAAUGAAGGUACCAGGGCUUUUGCGUAAGCAAAAUUAUGGUGAACGUUUUGAGCGCUUGAUGGACCGGGCUACAGGGAUUUUUAAUACCCUUUUAUCCAGGGCUGCCAAGACACCUCGCAAUUACAUUCUUGAUCAGACAAAUGUUUACAAGAGUGCUCGUAAACGUAAACUGAAGCCAUUUGUGUACUAUCGUAAGAUAGCAGUUGUGAUCUUCCCAAGAUCAGAAGAGCUGAAGUUCCGGGCAGAAAAGCGAGCUAAAGAGAUGGGAAAAGAGGUGCCUGCAGAAGCAGUAAAUGAGAUGUUAGCUAAUUAUGUGUUGCCUAUGAGCAAGGAGAUGCCUGGUUCUGAUGAGUUCUUUGAUCAGGUUAUGUUUCCAGAACUCAACAGGGAAGACUCAGAGAGACACUUGUGUGAGAUGAAGCGUGCAAUGAGAGCUGGAUCCAUUUCAGAUUCAAGGAGCAACCUCUUGUCGUAUUCCCAUGGCAAUUCUGUCCAUUCAAAUUCUAGUCCUUCAAUGUUAAACAAGGAAGCUUUACCAGCCACUGGGCGGUAUUCUCAUUCAUUACCUCAACCAAGUUAUGAUCACUUAAGGCCUAGAGAGGUGCAUUCACCAUAUCCUGGGGUUGACAUUCAUGGAAAACUUGGCGGAUACCAUUCAGGAUCAAGGAAUUGGACUCCUAUUCUAAGGGAUGGUUCUUAUGAGACCCACAUGAAUUAUGUGAGUUCUCUACCUAGAGAUGGUGGGAAUGAUCUCUUCAGCAGGGUUGAUCCCUACUAUAGACCAAACUUUGAAAGGGUGGAUUCCUACACACCUCACACUGCUAGUCCAGGGACUUCAUUCCCAUACAACCAAUCUAGUGGAUACCUUAGUGCCUCGUUUUCUCCCGCUGCUUCCCUGGGUCCUAGGGGAGCCCUAUCUCAACAUGGUCCCUCCCCAACCUUUGAUGGUUCACCAUAUGGAGCUCCAUCGCCAAGACCGCCUUUGUCAUAUAGAGAUUCUUCAGUGACCGACUUGCGACAUUCGGGGGUAUUUCCCCCUCCUGGCCCAAGGUAUUACUGACUGCAGCAUUGAAGGCCAGAUGUGCUUUAAUGAUGAAAAUCUAAAUCUAAAGUAAUCUUUUGAGGCAGCAGCCUACCCAAUUUUCCGAGUUUGGGCAUCGGCAUCAUCAAGUUAUUUACAAAGCAUGUUUGGAAAUGACAAGCUGAUGA